AUCUUUCUCUAAUGUAACGCAUAUCCAUUACUAAAUAAUUGAUUGACGAUAUGGUAAUUUAGACGAACUUGAAAAUAAAUCUGUUAUCAUUUCUAUAAAGACGCGUUCACACUUCGGAACUAAGUGAGAUGGAAUUAAUUCAAUUAUUUAUUUUUAUUGGUGGAAUUUUUCUCUGUAACUGCAAUAAUACUACAAUUGACGGAGAUGAUACAAAGAUGAAAAUAGCACAGGGAGAAAAAAAAUUGGGUGACCAGAUUCGAUUAAUACUCAAGCAUUAUCAGCAACCGGAUCCUAUCGGCCUUCCGGGUGCCCCUAUAUCUGAUCCAAUGGAGAUCCCAGAGAUGAAAUAUUCGUUUUCCAUGUAUACUAUGGUUUUGAAAUCCAGCAAAAUGUAUGGUCUCUCAAAAUUUCGGAUUGAACACGUACAUUCCGAAUUAGCAUUGAUGCAGGUUUCAGCUUCUUUGAGCAUUGAAACGAUUGAUGUUCGAGGAGUUUACACACUUUCUACAUUUUCAUCAUGGCUGCCAGGAUCAUCUGGAAAUUACACUGUUAAAUUAACCGGAGUAAAUGUUCAGGCCCUCGCAAAACUUCAAGUUGGACCAGAUGGAAAACUUAAUGCCCAGGAUAUCGAUAUGGAUUUAACAUUUUCAAAUAUUGAUCUAGAUUUUCAGAAUCUUGGCUUUUUGGGAUCAGUGUUUCAAAGUGUUGUUAAUUCUGUAGGAGUUUUUAUUUUCGACAGCGUUAAACCAUUCAUUCUUAAAGAAGUUAAUACAAAUAUAAGAGGUGAAUUAAAUAAACAGAUAUCUCAAUUGCCGCAGUACUUUCCAAACUCUAUUUCGCCCUUUGACAUGGCAGUUGCCGAGGCUCGCAAACAAGUUUCUGAUAUGGGAUAUGACCCGUAUAGAAUUAAGGAUUACUCUCAAAGUGUUGGAAUUUUCACUGUUAUGUCAAGCCACACCUGGCUCACUGGACUUGCGAGUUUUUAUCGUAUGGGUAACAUUACACUCACUAUGGAAAAUGGAACGGUUUAUGCAAUGAUGGAUGUGGGCACACAAGAGAUCGAAGGUAAAAGUCACUGGGAAAUGGGUUUGAUCGGGGGUUAUCUCUCCAGGGCUGGAACAGUUUCAUUCACGGUUCAGUAUUUACGAGUGCAAAUAAAAUUAAGUCAACCUGUGGAUACCCGGAAACGUGCAUCUCUAGAAGAACUUAAUUUUGAGCUUGGUAAUAUUCAAACAAGAGUACACGGCGCGGGUACACUAGAUUAUAUUAUAGAAGCAGGAGUAAAUAUAUUACCUAAUUUAUUACGAUAUCAAAUCAUGGAUGCCAUUGAGGGACCUGUCAAGAGACGGCUUCAAGAUGAACUUGAUAAGGUGGAUGUAGAAAAACUGAUUAACGACAAAAUUCCGGAAAUUGAAGAAAAAAUAGGUUUUCUUCGAGAAAUGACUCCGUCGGAAGAUAUUGUCCUUGAAAAAUCGGCACCACCGCCUGUAGAUCAAGAGCCAUUUAAUGAAAAUGAAGAAGAAAGUGAUUUUGAAUUAAAAUCUUUGUUCAGCUAAAUUGUCAUACACUUUAAAAAAUCGGGAGUGAAUUCGGAAUAAUUAUGGAUUUUAUUUCAAUCUGAAUUCACUCCGGAUUUAAUCCGCGUUCACCCCGAAAAUUUGUUACAGUGUAAAAUCAUAAAAUUCAUCAUAUUUUCGUUUUUUUCGAGUGCUAAGAUAUCACUGAAUCGUUUAAUUUAAAAUAAUCAUUUAAAGUAAUCAUGUAAUUAAAACUUUAUGAAAAUAUCGAUUAUAAUGUGUCACACAAAAGUUUGAAAAUUAAAAAAAAAAUAAACCAGGAAAAAAAUGUGAACUUUUUA